AUGGAGAACUUGAAAAUGACAACUUCAAUGAGACACACUUUCACACUUAAGUACAAGGAACCUAAGUUGGACAGUCUUAAGGGUUUGAUCUCUGAUUUGUCUCUCAGCAGACGUGAUGAGUUCGGAAAAAACUAUGGGAAAAUUUUGAGCCUUCUAAAUAAGAAAGUUGACUAUGGAAUUACCGGCUCUCUGGCACAAUAUUAUGAUCCACCUCUGCGUUGUUUCACAUUCGCUGAUUUCCAGCUAGCUCCUACUUUGGAAGAAGUGGAGAGAAUCGUGGGUCUCAAAUUGAAAGAUUUUAAUCCAUUUCCAAAGCUCAAAGAAGAUAUGGGCCCAAAGAGGAUAACUUCGGCCCUAAGUAUCAAUGUCCCGACUGUUCGAGACAAUUGGUUUGAAAAAGGGGGUUGCAACGGUUUUGCCGCGAUGUUUUUGGAAGAUUUAGCUCUAAAGUUCAAGAAAAGUGGAAAUUGGAAUGCAUUCUAUGCUGUUUUGGCUUUAUUGAUCCAUGGAAUUGUGCUCUUCCCAAAUGUUGAAAAAUUUGUGGAUCAAGUAGCCAUAGAAGUCUUUCUCUCUGGCAACCCAGUACCAUUUCUCUUAGCUGACAUUUACUAUGCCCUUCACGCUCGACAUGAAAAGAGGGGUGGAACUUUGUUGUGUUGCGCUCCUUUCCUUUACACUUGGUUCAUGCAACACAUGCCCGAAGAAGGUCCUUUUGUGGCAAAAGAACUUAAGUCUCCUCAAAAAUUAGCCUCUCUCACCGCAAGUUCCAUCAGAUGGUAUAUCCGAGAGUGGGAAACCCCAGACAUUAUAGUCAGCUGUGGGGAAUUUCCUAAUGGUAAAGAGUUUGGAAAAAGAAACAUUCUUGCCAAAGAACCUUACACGCAAUGGGUGAAAGAAAGAGUUGAGAAAAUCCAGUUGCCAUUUAUCUUAAAGGCUCCAGCUUUUCCUAAAACUCCUGAGCCCGAGCCCAUACUCCCUGAGGACAUGGAGAAACUCGCUACUAAGGUUAAGGAGCUCGAAGUGGAGAAUACUGAAUUACGAAUUCAGAUGAACCGAGUUAUCUUGGAAAAUCAGAAUUUGAAAGAGGAACGUAAGGGAAAAGCCCAAGAACUUGGGGAUAGCAACAAGAGAGCCCGGCUAUUGGAAGACCAGAAAGAUGAUCUUGAUCAUAUCCUAUUGGGUUCCACAUCAGUGAUCCGAACCAGGAAGGAAGAGCUCAAGAAAGCUGAGUAUAGGAUCUGUGAGCUAGGGAGAAUGUUGGAUAAAUCUCUUACGGAUAAAAAAGAAAUUAAGCUCGACUUUGAGGCACAGAUCCGUGACUUGAGGGACGCUCUGAAGAAAUGCGAGGAAAAGUUGUCUCGCGAGAUCCUCCAAAAGGAAGAAGCUGAAAGAAACUGUCACCAUCUCAUGUACCAGUUGGAAGAAGCUACUAGGAGGUUUGCAGUUUUGGAGAGCCAGGAAGGUGAUGCAGCCUACUUACUCCUAAAGAAUGAUUGUGUGUACUGGAAAAGGUUGUAUAGAGAGGCUAGAGCAACCUUAGAUGAAGAUCAAAAGGUCAUCCAGAAACUCCAAGAGCUCUAUGUUGAAUGGAAUGGUUCGAGAUUCCACAAGCGACCGUGA